UACUGUGUGAGCUGUGAUUGGUCACAGCUUGUCACAUGGUACAAGGCUGUUGUGAAUAGCUUUGUACCAUGUGACCUUUGUGAGCAUUCACAGAUUUCACAUGUAGUAAGCAAUUAUGUCAGGAAGUGACAUCUUGCUUAUUACUCUUCAUGUGAUCACUGAUUGGCCAGUCAGUGCGCCAUUGGUGGCUACAUAUGUCAAUCACCAGGUUCCGGCUGGGUAUUCACCGCCGUCACCAGGCGAUUGCCGAGUAACACUGACAGGGGAGAGACCUGUGUGUAAACAACACAGGUCUCUCUCCCGCCAGCAAGGACAUGCUGCUGUG